GCACGUGUUUGGCGUCCUUCUGUUUGAUGAUUUGAAAAGUUUGAAAAUGAAUUAAGGGACAGCAGUCAAGUUCAAAGUGGUUAUAAAGAUUUUUAAAACUACAAGUAUUAAAAUGUAUCCGCUGUGAUUUCAUUGAAUAUUUAAGAGAUCAUUAGAAGUAUACUGCGAUUACCGUUACCGCAGCGUGUCCUGCAAGAUGUAUAUAUAUAAUAUUUUGUUAGCAAACACUCAACUACUAUACUUAAUAUUGACGAUAUACAUAUUUAAACUCUGAUAUCUACAAUUUUGUAAUUAUGAGACCGUCCCUGUUCGAUGAAAAUGCUCGUGUAUUAUUAGUAGGAGAAGGCAAUUUCUCAUUUUCCGUUGCACUGUUUCGUCUCAAUUUAAAUGUCAAUAUUACCGCAACGUGCUACGAAACCGACGUCGGUCAACAUCUUGGAAAGAAAAACAUAGAGUAUUUAAAGAAUAAUGGAGUUCGUGUAUUAUUAGGUGUCGACGCGACGAACUUGAAACAACAUCCGAUUUUAAGAACAGAAUUAUUUGACAAAAUUAUUUUCAACUUUCCCCAUGUCGGUGGCAAAAUGAGGAUAGAAAGAAACAGAGAAUUAUUGAGACUAUUCUUUAUGAGCAUAUCAGAUUUAUUAAAAGCAGAUGGCCAAGUGUCGGUCACUUUGUGCAACGGCCAGGGUGGUACCCUCGCCGAUGAUCCUCAAAGACGUUGGGACGAUUCGUGGAAAAUCACAGAAAUGGCAGCGCAUGGCAAUUUUCUAUUAACACGAGUCGAGCCAUUUCUGUGGUCAUCGUUUCAGAAUUACAUAGUAACCGGAUAUCGCAGCUUGGACAAACAAUUUCAUUCCGUGGGGGCUUUAACUCAUGUAUUCGUAAAAGCAGAACCGCCGACUAUUGAAAAUAUCGCUCCUAAAGAGAAAGUAAACACUAAAUGUAAAAAUCUGAAUAAAAACAUAUUUAAAUCGAUCUGUACUUCGAAGUGGCUUAGAGAACGAGAGAAUAUUCCUAAACCUUUACGCAGUGUAAAACCUAGGGCACAAACCGACACGGAGAGAAGUAUCGUCGAUUUAAAACAAGUAAGAGUAAUCGGUGGUAAGGGUGGAGACGGACAAAUAUCAUUUUUACACUUAUGGUCGAACGAAUACGCUGGACCCGACGGCGGAGACGGUGGGCAUGGCGGUCAUGUAAUAUUUCAGGCAACGCAUGAUGUUAAAGAUCUCGCGCACAUAAGUAGCGUUCUAAAGGCCGAUGAUGGAGAAAGAGGCGAGAGUAAAGACUGCUUCGGGAAAAACGCGGAACACGCGAUAGUACGGGUACCCAUGGGUACUAUCGUACGUAACGCUGAAGGAAAGAUAAUAGCAGAUUUGAAUCGAGAAGGGAUGAUGUUCAUUGCUGCGCGAGGAGGUUCCGGCGGCCACGGUAACUCUUUCUUCAAGUCCGACGUACAGCAAGCACCGCGCAUAAGCGAAUACGGUGCGCAUGGAGAAGAUUUGCAAUACGUAUUGGAAAUAAGUAGCAUGGCACACGUGGGGCUGAUUGGACUUCCAAACGCAGGCAAAAGUACACUGUUAAGAGCGAUAUCUAGAGCCAGGCCGAAAGUAGCAGCGUAUCCAUUUACAACGUUGAAACCUUAUUUGGGGAUGGUGUUGUAUGACGAUCAUGAGCAAAUUGCAGUGGCCGAUUUGCCGGGUCUUAUUGCCGGUGCUCAUAAAAACAGAGGUCUGGGUAUACAGUUCCUUAAACACGCAGAACGCUGCAAGAUUCUAUUAUUUAUCCUCGACGUUACUAACGACGAACCGUGGGCAGAUUACGACACUCUGAGGCAUGAGAUCUCCGAAUUCAAUAUACGACUGAACGACAGGAUGCAUCUCAUCGCUGCUAAUAAAAUAGACCUGCCAGGAGCAGCGGAGAAGUUGGAAUUGCUUAAAGAAAAACUGAACGUACCCAUCGUUCCGGUAUCUGCUAAGCUGGGCACAAAUGUAUCUACGUUAUUAAGAGAAUUAAGAAUAUUGUAUGAUAAAGUGGUAGAGAAUAAUGAAAAUGCGUUGCAAUAUGAAAAAGAUCCUAAUUAAUUUGCUGAC